CAUAAAACAUUGAGCUACAAAAAUCUAGGCACUUGUUUCGUAGAAACAGCGUGCAUCAGUUUCCGAUCAGAUUAUGGAAGAAGCAGCAUUUAGUGGAAGUUUCAUCACACUUUUAAUUGGAUUAAUUACUCUUUUGCUGUUAUACUGGUAUACAACACGGAAUCAUGAUUACUGGAGGAAAAGAAAAAUUCCAUUCGUCAAACCACUACCAAUAAUCGGAACACUACUAGAUUCAUUUUACAAGCCUCUUCACGUUAUAGAGAUUGAAAGAUACAGAAAAUAUGGUCAAAUUUAUGGACAAUUUGAUGGUAGUGGUCCUGGUAUUACUAUCGGAGACCCAAGACUGCUAAAGAACAUAAUGGUGAAAGAUUUUCCAACAUUUAGCAGUCGUGGUAGAGGAAAAACUGGUGAUCCUAUUGUUGAUAAAAUGUUGGUGUUUCUGAAUGGAGCAGACUGGAAACGAAUUCGAACCAUCAUUACUCCAACCUUUACUACAGGCAAAAUAAAGAAGAUGAUGAGCAUCUUCAAGGAUAGUGCCAAAACAUGUGUAAACAGUUUUAAGAAGUAUGCAGCUUCUAAAAAACCAGUGGAUGCAAAAAUAAUUUAUGGAGCCUUCACAAUGGACGUCAUUGCCAGUUCUGCUUUCUCAACAAAAAUUGAUUCUUACAACGACCCUAAUAACAAGUUCGUGUCGACAGCAAGGAGCCUGUUCUCCAGAGGCAUCUUAAGAUUCAUUCUUUUCACUAUAGUUGUUGUUCUACGCAUACCUCUACCAAUCAAGCCAUCUCAAUCUAAAGGAAUGAAGUUUUUUAAAGAAGUUACCCUCCAAAUAAUAGAAGAGCGGACCAAAACAGGAAAGACAAGAAAUGAUUUUCUUCAGUUGCUAUUGGACACUGCAGAAGAAACGGCUGAACAGGAGAAUCAGUUUCCUGCCGAAUCUGAAGACGUGACUGCUAAUUACGGAAAAGACGACGUGUCCGAGAAUAUGUUCAAGAAUACAGAAAAGAAAACAUCACUGUCACAAGAUGAAAUGGUAGCACAGUGUAUUAUUUUCUUUCUCGCUGGAUAUGAAACAACUGCCUCCACUCUAUCUUUUGCUAGCUAUAUAUUGGCUCUGCAUCCAGAAAUACAAGAACUGCUAAUAGCCGAACUGGAUGAAAGUCUAAAGGCCUCAAAUGGUGAAGUAACUUACGAAACAUUGCAAAACAUGAAAUACUUAGAUAAUGUCAUUUCGGAAACAUUGAGACUAUAUCCUCCGGCUGCUAGAUUACAACGGCUUGCAGACCAGGAUUAUGUGUUGGGUGAUACAGGAAUUACGAUUCCUAAAGGUAUGCCUGUAAAUAUACCUGUAUGCGCAAUGCAUAUAGAUCCUAAGCUGCAUCCUGAGCCAGAAAGUUUUAAGCCUGAACGUUUCAGUCAGGAUGAAAAAGCAAAGCGAGAUAUGUACGCGUAUUUGCCUUUCGGAGCCGGACCUCGGAACUGCAUUGGCAUGAGAUUUGCGCUCAUAGAAAUAAAAGUCUGCCUAGCAUUUAUUCUCAGCAACUUCCGAUUUAGGCGAUGUCCGCAAACUAAGGUUCCAUUGGAAUUCCGAGCAAGACAGCCUAUUUUACAACCCAAACAUGUAACUCUUCUUAUGGAACCUAGAACUGAUGGAAUAAAGGCUGUGUAAAUGUUUCACAGAAUUUUAUCAAAUAAAUUAUGUAAAAAAAUAAAUUUCGUGAGAAUAUAUGUCAUCAGUUUUUGAAUGAACACUUUUA